CAGAGUAUAUCAUCCUUUUGAUUUGUGCUUCUUUUAACUUUACCUUUUAAAAUUCUUCAUAAACCCCCAUGACCCCAUCACUUGUAAAAAAAAACGAACGGUUGCGAAAAGCCUAAACUAAAAUUGGUAGAAGAAUCUGAAAUGACGAUUACACUAUCCGCACACUUUGUGUUGAUCCAUGGCGCGGGGUAUGGAGGGUGGUGCUGGUACAAAAUCCGAUGUCUACUUGAAAGCACUGGGCAAAAGGUUAGUUGCCCGGACCUUAGUUGCUCCGGGAUAGACCUAACGGAUGUUGAUACUAUCCGUUCUUUCCAAGAUUAUAAUAAGCCUCUCGAUGACAUUUUAGCAAGCCUACCAGAAGGUGAAAAGGUAAUUUUGGUAGGGCAUAGUGCAGGAGGUUUGAGUGUUACAAAGGCCAUUCAAAACUUUCCCGAUAAAAUCCAAGUCGGGGUAUUUAUUGGCGCGGUGAUGCUCCGUAACGGGUUCCAAACUGAACAAGAUAGAAAAGAUGGGACACCUGAUUUGUCCGUAAACAGCGAAGUAUCUAACAAUGUCAAUCCUCCUCCAAGUGCGAUUUACAACAAAGAAGAUCAACGUAAGAUAUCGUGUCAAAUGUCUCCUUUAGAGGUAUGGUGAUGCAUUCAUUAGUGUCAUGAACAGGUUCAUAGCUAUCAAACAUGCUAGUCUAGCACACAUGUGAUCAGAUGCACCACUAUCCAAUAGCCAACUAGAGUGUGAGCAUGUAAGAAAGCAAUAUGUAUUACCUGCCAUGAAAGCAUGACCAGAAGUUUCUCCUUCUUCUGUUGAAGUGUCUGUGGUGCUAGGCUUAUCUGACCGUUGUUUGUUAAGUAAACUCAACAGUUGUGUACAUUGUUCUGCAGUAAGAAAACCAGGUUGUGGUUGUUCCUUGUCACUGGGAUAAAACUGUUGUUGAUAAUCUGCCAUAUCAUCAAAAUAAGUGUCAUCAGAAUAAACAGCUGCAGCAGUUCUUUUGUCAUUCUUAAAGCCUGUGAAUCCUGGAGAAAAUCCAUGUAACUUGAAACAUCUUUCAGUGAUGUGCCCAUUCACCUUGCAAUGAUCACAGAAGUAGGUAAAAGGCUUUCUGUAUCCAGUUGAUUUGUUACCUCCUGAUUUCCUGAUUGAUAAGCCUGAUUACUGUAUUGGUAAGAGUUUCUUCCAUACGGUUGUGACCGCUGACCCCUAUAGGAAGUGUAGUUGUUGUUCUUGGGAUGAUAAUCAUUAUACCUUCUUCUAUCAGCACCAAAGGCAUGACUCUCUGUCUGUGUUGGUGAUGCAAUUUCUCUUUGCCUUUCUUCUUGUGUUAACAUUCUGUAUGCAUGAGUAAUUGUUGGAAGAGGUUGCAUCAUCAACAAAUUACCUCUAGUUGUUGCCAGAUGUUCUCCCAAUUCAUCAAAAAUUGCAUGAGCCUUUUAUCUUGUUGCAUCUUGAAAACCUUUUGAGUCAGAUUACAUGUGCACAUAUUACAAGUACAAGAUGAUAAUUGAUUAGCUGCACUCAUCUUGUCCCAU